ACACCGAUUAAGUCACAGCUCCUAAUUGGGACGGCCUCUGCAUAGUCAAGUAUCUAUUUCAGUCACCUUCAGGAAUCUGUGAGGAGCUAAGUGUUCAUCUUUCUUUAUGUGGUAUUGAAGGCAAGGAGCAGAGAAAGCAAGCCUUGACGGAAAGCACGCUUCUGGCAGAAACCCCAAAAUGCCUUCUGAGAAGGUACGCUCCAAGAAGAGCCUGGCGCAGAGGCUGGCCCUGAAGAGCCGGAUAGCCAAGGAGACACUCUCUGAGUUCCUGGGCACCUAUAUAAUGAUUGUCCUUGGAUGUGGCUCUAUCGCCCAAGCAGUCCUCAGUCGAGGACACGCUGGUGGAAUCAUCACCAUCAAUGUUGGAUUUGCAAUGGCAGUUGUGAUGGCCAUUUAUGUGACUGGAGGUGUCUCUGGAGGCCACAUCAACCCAGCUGUGUCUUUUGCAAUGUGUGUCUUUGGAAGGAUGGAGUGGUUCAAGUUCCCGUUUUAUGUGGGAGCCCAGUUUUUGGGAGCCUUUUUUGGGGCUGCAACUGUCUUUGGCGUUUACUACGAUGGACUCAUGGCCUUUGCUGACGGACAACUGCUCACCGUGGGAGAAAACGCAACUGCGUUUAUUUUUGCAACAUACCCAGCUCCUUUCGUCUCCCUGCUAAACGCCUUUAUGGACCAAGUGGUGUCUACCAUGUUCCUCCUUCUAAUUGUCUUUGCCAUUUUUGACUCCAGAAACCUGGGGGUGCCCAGGGGCCUAGAGCCUGUUGUCAUUGGCUUCCUGAUCAUUGUCCUUGCUUCUUCUCUGGGACUCAACAGUGGCUGUGCCAUGAACCCGGCUCGAGACCUGAGCCCCAGGCUCUUCACUGCUCUGGCAGGAUGGGGGUCUGAGGUCUUCACAGUUGGAAAUAGCUUCUGGUGGAUUCCUGUUGUGGGCCCUAUGAUUGGCGCUUUGCUCGGCGGCCUCAUCUACAUUGUUUUUAUUGAAAUGCAUCACUCGAACCCCAACUCUGAAGUGAAGACCAAGCCAUCUGAGGACAAGUUUGAGAAACAUGAGCUCAGCGUCGUCAUGUAGGCGUGUGACGGGGUCUAAGUUUACUGUUCAUUUGGUUCUCUCUUCAGAAAAGAUGGCAGCCGCGCGCCUGUGCUUUGGUGAGACCUGGGGCAGGGAGCAUCUA